AUGUCACCGCCUCUCACCACAGCAGCGAAUUAUGCCGCUAACGACCUCUCCGAAGCAGCAUUAGGAGGCCCAAUUGCGCUGAAGGAUGGCCUUUUUAUCGAUGGAUACGGCCGCACACUAUCUCUCCAUGGCCUCAACAUUUCCGGAGCCAGCAAGCUCCCCACUCAACCCAACGGUCUAUCUCACCUCACGGAGGGCUUCUUCGAGCAUCGAACCGUGACCUUCGUUGGCAGACCAUUCCCUCUCAAGGAUGCACCUCUGCACUUUCGCCGGCUUCAGGCCUGGGGCCUUCCGCUUAUUCGCCUGCUUGUCACAUGGGAAUCAAUCGGACAUGCAGGACCUGAUCCUCUGACUGACGUUGACCUGGAGUACAUUGAGUAUCUCCGGAAACUCAUUGAAAUGAUGCCUGCUUACGGAUUGAAGUGCUUCAUUUGCGCACAUCAAGAUGUCUGGAGCAGGUAUAGCGGCGGUAGCGGUGCACCAGGAUGGACCUUCGAAGUCGCGGGGCUGGAUGUUGAGUCCUUUACCGAUACAGGUGCCGCCUAUGUUCAUGGGCAAGAUGAGCUACGGCGAGCAUCUGCGCCGGUUAAUGAGAAGGAGCCCAGUGGUCCGUUUGUUUGGCCCUCUGGUUAUCAAAAACUGGCUGCAUCGACAAUGGCAACGCUGUUUUGGGCUGGUGAAGCUCUUGCACCCAAGUUGAAGUGCCAGCGACGGUCCAGCAAUGGAGGUAAAGAAGAGACUGUCUCUGCCCAAGAGCUUUUACAAGGCGCCUUGAUAGAAGCUUUUGGACGGCUGGCGGAUGAAGUUGUUGGCCUUGAAGCCUGUAUUGGUUUUGAGCCGAUGAACGAGCCGCAUCGCGGCUUGAUCAACCUCCAUGGCUUCCAUGGCUGGAACUACGAUACCGAUCUCCACAUUGGCCAUUAUCCAUCCCUGACACAAGCCCUUGCCCUUGCCAGCGGGUACGCCCAAGAGGUUGACUACUAUGUCAAGUCGUGGCCUUUCCCAACACGCGUCUCUCAUCGAUCUCUUGUUGACCCGAAAGGGCGAUCCGCUUGGCUGGCUUCCAAGGGCAAGAAUCAAGGCCUAGGCGAGUGUGUGUGGCGUGCUCAUGGCGCGUGGGAGUGGGAUGACAGCAAGAAAAGCCCGAAAGUUCUCCAGGCGAACUACUUCGAGGUGGACCACCGGCCUGGUCGUGAGGGCCAACCAAUUGAGUGGUACCGCGACUUUUACGCUCCCUUUCUCAGACGGUUUUCGGAACGUGUCUCGCGAAAAUCAUCGCGCCAGUUUUGUUUCAUCGAGCCGAUACCGAAUGAGUUCAUGCCUCCGUGGAUUGAGAAGGACUCCAAAGAUGCGAAAAAAGUACAGAAGCAGAACUAUGCCACCAAAACUGUUAUCGACACCAAAAAGCCGGACAAUCUGGUAUUCGGGCCUCACUUCUACGAUCUCAACGUGCUCUUCAGCAAGCACCAUUCGUGGAUGAGCGUCAACGUUCAAGGGCUUUCUAGGGGCAUGUUCGUGCUUAAGGCGCUCUACUUUGGUGCACGAGCCCUGCGCAAGAACUACCGUCUCCAAAUCGGCAAUAUUCUCAAGUAUGGCAGGGCAUCGCUGGGUGACCAUGUGCCUGCUCUUAUUGGCGAAGUAGGCAUCUCGUUUGAUAUCAACGAUAGAGAAGCCUUCGCCACGGGAUGUUACGACAAGCAGCGAGAGCUGAUGCAUGCCCUUAUAGCAGCCAUGGAGGACAACAUGGUCAGCUUCACCUUGUGGAAUUAUAAUCCUGACAACCGAGUUGAGUAUGGUGAUGGCUGGAACAAGGAGGAUUUCUCCGUCAUUAAUGGUGAUACGGAGGAGAAACCUGGCCACAUCAUGCAAGACUACGCCAACGAGAACCACGCAAAGGACGAAUUGUAUCGCGGUGGACGGGUCCUCGACGUUAUCAUCCGCCCUUACGCCGUCAAAAUCGCAGGCCGCCCUCUGCGAUCUGACUGGGAUCCUCGCACAUUGAAGUAUGAGUUCGAGUGGACCAGCCAAGACCGGGUUGGUGAAAAGCAAUCGGACAAGCUAAGGACGACCGAAGUGUUUAUUCCAAAGUAUCACUACGAUGGUGGCAUCAACGUUAAAGUAAGCGAUGGAGAUUGGUCGUAUGACGCUGACUUACAGACGCUCUACGUUCGUCACAAGGCUGAGGUGUACCGCCACCGUCUCGUCGUCGAGAUCCCUAACCUGGGCAGACACCUCUUGGAGAGGGUUGAACGGCGUCGCCGGGCAGUUCCGCCAAGGUUCCCACUAAGCCUCAUCUCACCCAGCAGCGAGCUUGCUUUGGAAGAGCUAGACCCUGGCUUGAUUGUCGUUAUGUUACUGUUGCCAGCUCUUGCACUUCUCUUGGCCAUUUUUGCACAAAGAAUAAGCUAG